AUGAAAGAGGCAGAGAAUCAGAUGUGUGGUAGGGGGAAGAAGGAGGGAGGUAAGAGGGCAGCAAGGUGCGCCGGGCACCAACGUGCGCCGGGCACCAACGUGCGCCGGGCACCAACGUGCGCCGGGCACCAACGUGCGCCGGGCACCAACGUGCGCCGGGCAGGAACGUGCGCCGGGCAGGAACGUGCGCCGGGCAGGAACGUGCGCCGGGCAGGAACGUGCGCCGGGCAGGAACGUGCGCCGGGCAGGAACGUGCGCCGGGCAGGAACGUGCGCCGGGCAGGAACGUGCGCCGGGCAGGAACGUGCGCCGGGCAGGAACGUGCGCCGGGCAGGAACGUGCGCCGGGCAGGAACGUGCGCCGGGCAGGAACGUGCGCCGGGCAGGAACGUGCGCCGGGCAGGAACGUGCGCCGGGCAGGAACGUGCGCCGGGCAGGAUCGUGCGCGGGCAGGAACGUGCGCGGGCAGGAACGUGCGCGGGCAGGAACGUGCGCGGGCAGGAACGUGCGCGGGCAGGAACGUGCGCGGGCAGGAACGUGCGCGGGCAGGAACGUGCGCGGGCAGGAACGUGCGCGGGCAGGAACGUGCGCGGGCAGGAACGUGCGCGGGCAGGAACGUGCGCGGGCAGGAACGUGCGCGGGCAGGAACGUGCGCGGGCAGGAACGUGCGCGGGCAGGAACGUGCGCGGGCAGGAACGUGCGCGGGCAGGAACGUGCGCGGGCAGGAACGUGCGCGGGCAGGAACGUGCGCGGGCAGGAACGUGCGCGGGCAGGAACGUGCGCGGGCAGGAACGUGCGCGGGCAGGAACGUGCGCGGGCAGGAACGUGCGCGGGCAGGAACGUGCGCGGGCAGGAACGUGCGCGGGCAGGAACGUGCGCGGGCAGGAACGUGCGCGGGCAGGAACGUGCGCGGGCAGGAACGUGCGCGGGCAGGAACGUGCGCGGGCAGGAACGUGCGCGGGCAGGAACGUGCGCGGGCAGGAACGUGCGCGGGCAGGAACGUGCGCGGGCAGGAACGUGCGCGGGCAGGAACGUGCGCGGGCAGGAACGUGCGCGGGCAGGAACGUGCGCGGGCAGGAACGUGCGCGGGCAGGAACGUGCGCGGGCAGGAACGUGCGCGGGCAGGAACGUGCGCGGGCAGGAACGUGCGCGGGCAGGAACGUGCGCGGGCAGGAACGUGCGCGGGCAGGAACGUGCGCGGGCAGGAACGUGCGCGGGCAGGAACGUGCGCGGGCAGGAACGUGCGCGGGCAGGAACGUGCGCGGGCAGGAACGUGCGCGGGCAGGAACGUGCGCGGGCAGGAACGUGCGCGGGCAGGAACGUGCGCGGGCAGGAACGUGCGCGGGCAGGAACGUGCGCGGGCAGGAACGUGCGCGGGCAGGAACGUGCGCGGGCAGGAACGUGCGCGGGCAGGAAUGUGCGCGGGCAGGAAUGUGCGCGGGCAGGAAUGUGCGCGGGCAGGAAUGUGCGCGGGCAGGAAUGUGCGCGGGCAGGAAUGUGCGCGGGGAGGAAGUGAGAGGGAAGGCGAGAGGGACAGGGAGGGCGAGAGGGACAGGGAGGGCGAGAGGGACAGGGAGGGCGAGAGGGACAGGGAGGGCGAGAGGGACAGGGAGGGCGAGAGGGACAGGGAGGGCGAGAGGGACAGCGAGGGCGAGAGGGACAGGGAGGGCGAGAGGGACAGGGAGGGCGAGAGGGACAGGGAGGGCGAGAGGGGCGGGGAGGGGGAGAGGGACAGGGAGGGGGAGAGGGACAGGGAGGGGGAGAGGGACAGGGAGGGGGAGAGGGACAGGGAGAGGUAG